AUGGGUCAGGGGGCCGGGAUGGACAGACAGCCCAUGGAACCUGAGUCGCCCCCGGCUCAGGAGGAAACCGAACAAGGGCAGCAACCCCCACCACCUUUCCCAUUGGCCCAGGGAGGAACGCCUGACAAGGGUUUUCAACAACCCGCGGGACCUGUGCUUGCAGAAUCUAAGGAGCCUCCCCGUGGAAAGCAUUCACACUUAGGGGGCUUGCCUGAGCCUAAGCCGAGGUGCCCCCCAAUUUCUGAGCCACUCCUGCAGCAGCCCCGGCUGUUUCCUUCAGAGACAGGAUCCGCAGAAUUGGGUGGAUCCUAUGAGGACCCCACUGCCUCGUUCACAGGGGUUCAGAGAUUUCAAGAGGCCCUCAAGACCCCAUACAGUCUGGCCUUGAGAAAUGAGCCCGGCAGGGCAGAUCUGAAGCAUGUGGUGAUAGACGGAAGUAACGUGGCCAUGGCCCAUGGCCUGAAAAAGUUCUUCAGUUGCCACGGAAUAGCCCUCGCCGUGGAGUAUUUCUGGAAGCUUGGCAACAGAAACAUCACCGUGUUUGUCCCGCAGUGGAGAACGAGACGGGAUCCUCACUUCAUGGAACAACACCUGUUGGGCCAGCUCCAGGACCUCAGCAUAGUGGCUCUGACUCCUGCCCGGAUGGUCUCCCGAGAAAGAAUCUCUUCUCAUGAUGACAGGUUCCUAUUGCACCUGGCAGAGAAGACCGGGGGGAUCAUCGUGACCAAUGAUAACCUGAGAGAGUUUGUGACUGAGUCGGCGUCCUGGAGAGAAAUUGUUGCCAGGAGACUGCUUCAGUACACAUUCGUGGGAGACAUAUUUAUGGUUCCCGAUGACCCUCUGGGAAGGCACGGACCUCGGCUGUAAGAAUUUCUUCAAAAGGACCUCUUUCCUCCAGACAAGCAGCUGGUUGAUGACAGCGGCCCGCCAGGCAUGAGCUCUUUGGACUCUGUCCUCAGGAGCCCUAGCCCCAGCCCCAGCCCCAGCCCCAGCCCCAGUCCCAGCCCCAGCCCCAGCCCCAGCCACUGGCCACCACCCCAGAACCACGGAGCCUCUCCAAGCCCUGGGCUUCCUCAGCAACAGCUCUUCACUGUCCCGGUCACACUGCCUAGGAUGCAGCAGAAACUGGGCAGGCCCGCACAGAGAUCUUGGGCAGAGACCAGCGAGUUGAGGGAGGCGCUGAUGAGCAUCUUCCCGCACUCUGAGCAGAAACGGAGAAUUGACCAGAUUCUGCUAGCUCAUCCAUCCACGAUAGACCUGAACACCCUCCCUGGCCUCGUGUUGGAUGCAAAGCUGGGCUGA